AUGGCUUCUACUGCGUUGAGUGUUUAUUCCACGCCAUCAAGUUUGCAAUUGAACAACCUGGACAUGUCCUCUUCCCAGAAAAUCAUCGCUGUCGUCGGGGCCACUGGCACCCAAGGUGCAUCAGUCGCCAGAACCUUCCUCGCCCUACCCAACUGGCACGUUCGCUGUUUGACUCGGACGCCCUCGUCUGAGAAAGCCCAAGCCCUCGCUAUUCAAGGUGCAGAACUGGUCCAAGCCGAACUCGAUGAUCCAGAAUCACUGCGCCGCGCUUUUGCUGGUGUCCAUGCCAUCUUUCUCAAUACUGACUUCUGGGAACCAUAUCGCCGCGCUGUCUCCUCCGGCAUAGAUGCUGCAGCUUGUGCCAAAAUCGGCUACGACGCAGAAGUGAAAUUUGGAAAGAAUGCAGUCAAUGCCGCCCGGGAAGUCCCAACAUUGGAACGCUUCAUCUUCUCUGCCUUGGGCCCUAUGAAUGCCGCUUCCGGGGGCAAAUACCCGUACUCCUAUCACUGGGAGACCAAGGCGUUCUUGGCGGAUUACAUCCAGGGAACCGAGCUUGGAAAACUGAGCUCCUUCAUAUACAUCGGUGCAUAUCUCACCAACCAAUUCGUUUAUCCGAAGCACCAGCAGGAUAUUGGAGGAUACGCUCUUGUGCUCCCAGCGAGCAAACAGACACGUCUCCCUGUGAUCGAUACUGGUCGCUCAACGGGUCCGUUCGUGAAGGCUUUGAUUGAGGAGGAGGUUCCUGGAACCAAAUUGCUGGCUUAUGACGAGUAUCUAACAUUUGAGGAGAUUCUCAACACUUGGUCCAAGGUCGCAGGUAAGCAGGCUCUGUUCGUUCAAAUGGAUAUGCAAGAUAUGCAUGAGAAGUUUGGUGUGCCGAUUGAGGUUCUUGGGGGGCCUGCUUUCCUGAAUGAGUUUGAUUACUGCGCUGGAAUUCCGGGUGUUAUUGAGCCUUCUCAGUUGAAAUCUCAAGUAGAUGUGAAGAGCUUUGAAGAGUCAUUGAGAGGCAUGGAUGUUGAUUUUCUGCUGGGGACGAAAUAA